AUGUUCUACCGGUAUAGACGGGCUGUCGCAAUGGUCUCCGAUUUCCCAGGUCUCCGUUUAAUUGUAUCGCCAAUGUGUACCCUCGGUCUUGUUCUUCCACGGCUUCCAAUGCCGUUGUACACUUACCCCGGUUUCUCCUUUCCUUGGAACCUCAAGCACGCCGGGCUCUUCAAGCUCUUUGGCUGCGACACCGUAUCUCUCUGUGGGUGGGAUGGUCGUGCGAUCCUCUACACCUGUGACGUACCCUUCCUCACUCGGAUGGCAUCGUACUCUGGGAGCACCGUGUUUCCAAAACCUAUCGAAGAGUACGGUGUGUUGAGCUACUUUGGAGACAACGUGGUUAUUGCAGAGCAUGCAAACUGGCGUCGACAGCGCAAGGUUUCCGCUCCCGCCUUUUCCUCCAAAAUGUUCGAGCGCCUCUGGAUCGACAUGGCCAGCAUCGUUCGCGAGAUGCUCCAUGAGGAACGUUGGGAAGAGCGCACGCGCGACUUUGUUGGACCCCUUCCUAUGGUGCCACAGCAAGCCGAAUAUGUCGCCGCGACGGGCGAGAUUUACUAUCCCCACGUCGUAGACCUCACGCUGCGCAUGGCACUGGCGGCAAUCGCUCGUACUGGCUUCGGCAUCGAGUUUGAAUGGCGCUCCGACGAGUCAUUUACCAAGUCCUGCUCAUCCUUCGGACAGCCGUUCUGGAAGUCUAUUCUGGCCACCUUCUUACGAAUUGUAUAUCAACUCGCCAACAGUGUAAUACCAACAAUUGUUCUCGACGACGUUGUGCGAGCCGUCACAACCUUCGCAGCCACGAACCAACAUCGUCGUGGUGACUCGCCACUCCACCUUGCCCUGCAGACGACCUGCAAGGCGAUCAUCACACUCUUUGAAAUCACUACAGUACCGCAUCAACACACAAUGAGGCUGCAAGAAGCGCUUCAUUUAGUCGCAAAGGAAAGCACGCUCAAACUAGCCAUUUCGUCCCUUCCUUCCUGGCUCAAGUGUCUCCCUUUCAGGCGCGUCAGCCGCAUGAAUAUGGCAUUUGAUUGUCUGCAUCGUGAACUCAAGAACAUGAUCGCUUCACGCAGACAGGAGAUUGCCAUGUUUAUGGAGGGGAGUUUGGAAUCUAUGAGCAUGUCAUCUAUGUGUGACUCUGACGAAUCAGGCAGCUCAGGACUUCCCUCAGCGUCGACAUUUGGAUCCCAAUUGCAGGAGAAAGAGGAGCCGUUCGACCUAUUGUCCAACUUGGUUCGCUCUGCAAUACAAACGGAGCGCGUCGGAGGUCAAAGCCUCUCCGAAGACGAAAUCAUUGGAAAUGCGUACAUCUACCUCCUCGCCGGUCACGAGACCACGGCUCAUUCGAUGGCUUGGACACUGGCUCUCCUCGCUGCCUAUCCAGAGGAGCAAGAAAAGGCGUACCAUGAGAUUAUGGAGCAUGAUUCGCAAGAGGAUACGAUCAUCCGUGAUUACCCCAAGUUCAAGUUCCUGCUCGCCUGCUACUACGAAACCCUUCGUCUAUUUCCUCCUGUCCAGCAAAUCCCCAAAGUUGCAGCGGAGGACACCCAGAUCCUCAUUGACAAGAGCAACAAGGUUGGGCCCGAUUCCCCUGUUCCUGCUCAGCAAUCCGAGCAACGACUGAUGCCGCCAUCCGAGUCGUUCAGUGACAGAAAACUGGGAACCUUUCCAUCCCUCGACUCAGAGGCCUCAUUGACUCCGAGUCCAUCUCGCGUCUUCGGCAAUCAUAGGCGACACAAACUCCCACCUCUCAUCAUUCCUGCUCGCAAUCAGACUCAUCAUCAGCUCGACUUUUCGUCCAGCCUACCAUCACUGCCGAGUACCCCAGUUGCGUCCCCGAUGCGCGAAACUAUGGCAUAUGUUGGUACUCCCGUUUCCGGAAACACCCCGAGUUCUCUUCGCUCUGAGUUUAUCGGACCCACUCCCUUUGUCCAACUCUCAAAGGACGGGAGUGAGGUGAAACGAAGCGAGCUCUCCUCAAAUGAGGAGCAAGUCAGCUUGAUUAUCAAAAAGGGAACCAUUAUCUUUAUCUCCCCCCCAGCAGUUCAUUAUAAUCCCAAGUAUUGGGAAGAACCAGAAAAGUUUACGCCGGAACGAUUCCUCAAACCGUAUUGUAGAUCGGCAUUUAUUCCGUUUGGCGUCGGUACCCGAGCAUGCUUGGGCCGUAAGUUUUCGGAAGUCGAAUCGGUUUGCAUGCUGGUGCAUCUUCUCAGAAGCUACUCGGUCCAUCUACCCUUACUGCCUGGACAAACAGUCGAGGAGGCAAGAGCCAAGUUUUCCAGAGCGAGCGUCCGCAUUACGCUUACGCCAGAUAAAGUGCCACUCGUAUUUCGUAGACGCAAAUGA